AAGUCGGAGGGCGAUGGGCUGAUCCACAGAUCGGCGGCAGGUUCGCUCCAAACUCGCAGAAAGAACACAAACUCGGCCUCCCCCUCCCUGACCACCUGCCUUGUGCUGCAUCCGCCGGGCCGCAGUAGAAGACACAAGACUUCGGAAGAUGCCCUACGUGGACCGGCAGAACCGCAUCUGUGGCUUCCUGGACAUCGAGGAGAAUGAGAACAGCGGCAAGUUCCUGCGCCGCUACUUCAUCCUGGACACGCAGGAGGGCAGCCUGGUGUGGUAUAUGGACAACCCACAGAACCUCCCUCCAGGAACAGAAUGCGUUGGCUCCCUCAAGCUCACCUACAUUUCCAAGGUCAGUGAUGCCACCAAGCAAAGGCCAAAGGCUGAAUUUUGCUUUGUCAUCAACGCUGGCAUGAGGAAAUUCUUCCUGCAGGCCGACGACCAGCAGGACCUGGUGGAGUGGGUGAAUGUGCUGAACAAGGCCACCAAAAUCACAGUGCCAAAGUCUUGUGAUGCUCAGCAGAACUCUGAGAAUCAGAAGGCCCUCUUGGAUGUUCUGGGUGCCAAGAAGCAGGUGUCAUACAGGACUGAGAUCAUAGGGGGUGUCCCUAUCGUCACCCAGACACAGCAGGAGGGGGGUGAUGGGCAGAAUGGGACGGAUCAUGAGGGUCUGAAGAGGUCUCACAGCCAGCUCCCAUACUUCCUGGGCAAGUCAGCGCAGGAUAACUCGAUCAUCAAGGCGGGCUACUGCGUGAAGCAAGGGGCUGUGAUGAAGAACUGGAAGAGAAGAUAUUUUGUGCUGGAUGAAAAUUCAAUGAGUUACUUCAAGUCGGAUUUGGAGAAGGACCCCCUGCGUGUUAUCCCGCUGAAGGAAGUCCACAAAGUUCAGGAGUGCAAGCAAAGCGACAUACUGAUGAGGGACAACCUAUUUGAAGUUGUUACCACUUCUAGGACCUUUUAUAUACAGGCGGAAAGCCCAGAGGACAUGCACAGCUGGAUCAAGGCAAUGUCAGGAGCCAUUGUGGCCCAGCGAGGACCAGGCCGAUGUGCAGCCACUAUGCGGCAGGCCAGGCGGCUGUCGAACCCAUGUAUACAGAGGUAUACAUCCCGAAAUGGCAAAUGCAGCACCGACCAGGGUGCUCCCGGGCAUCGCUCGGCCAUACCCGCCAUGCCAACCGCCGCCCAGGGUGCCAUUUCCCAGCCCAGCGGCGUCGCGGACACGCGCCCUCUCUGCGCACAGCCUGGCCUGGGACAGCGAACACUUCAUGAGCCUGCUGCCCCGGCCCGUCCCAGGGGGGGUGCCGCCGGGGCGCGCCGCACGCCUCUCCCUGCAGGAGGCACGGCUGUCCAAGUGAGCAGCACGGAGUCGCCGUGGAGACGGCGCAGCAGCUUCGGGGAGAGCUCACCGGCUACUCCUCUUCCCUGCGUUGAUCUGGAGGACGUUGAUCUGCCAGUCAGCCUAGUGUGAAGGGAUCCCCUUUACUUUCCGUAGCCCUGCACCCAAAACGGACACAGGCUAGCAGGGGACUUGCAAGAAGAGCGCCUGGAAGAAGAGCAAGGAGGAGAGUGGAAUGGAGGCUUGAAGUAAACUGAACAAGCCGUUUGGACUAAACCAAGCAAAGGCAUCUUUUUCCACAGUGUACUUGUCCCAUGGUACGGAAGGGCUUGUUGUGCUGUUUAAAAUAUAUAUAUAUAAUGUGUGUAUGUAUGUGUGUAUAUAUAUGU